AUGUCUGGAAACUGCUGUUCUAGGAAAUGCCCCUCCGUGCCAGCCAUCUCCCUUUGCUCCACUGAAGUGAGCUGCAGAGGGCCUGUUUGCUUGCCCAGUUCCUGCCGGAGCCAGACGUGGCAACUGGUGACUUGUCAAGAUAGCUGCGGAUCAUCCAGCUGUGACCCACAAUGCUGUCAGCCCUCCUGUUCUGUGAGCAGCUGUGCCCAGCCUGUCUGUGCACAGCCUGUGAGCUGUGAGGCCACCAUCUGUGAGCCCUCUUGCUCCGUGAGUAGCUGUGCCCAGCCUGUGAGCUACAAGGCCACCAUCGGUGAGCCUGCCUGUCCUGUGAGCAGCUGUGCCCAGCCUGUGAGCUGUGAGGCCACCAUCUGUGAGCCCUCUUGCUCUGUGAGCAGCUGUGCCCAGCCUGUGAGCUGUGAGGCCACAAUCUGUGAGCCCUCUUGCUCCGUGAGCAGCUGUGCCCAGCCUGUGAGCUGUGAGGCUAGCAUCUGUGAGCCCUCUUGCUCCGUGAGCAGCUGUGCCCAGCCUGUGUGCUGUGAGGUCCCUCCCUGCCAACGAGUCCUCUGCGUACCCACUUCCUGCCAGCCCAUCCUCUGCCAGCCAGUGAUCUGUGAGCCUAGUUGCUACCAGCCUGUGUCCUCCGGUGUCAGAUGCUGUCCAUCUAUCUGCUCUGUGGCCAAUAGCUGCCAGUCUGCCUGCUGUGACUCCAGUCCUUGUGAGCCAUCCUGCUCAGAGUUCAGCAUCUGCCAGCCAGCCACACGUGCUUCUCUGGUCUGUGAGCCCAUCUGCAUCCGUCCGGUCUGCUGUGUUUCAAGUCCUUGUGAGCCACCUUGUGUCUCCAGCACUUGCCAAGAGCCCUCCUGCUGUGUCUCCAGCAUCUGCCAACCCACCUGCUCUGAGCCCAGCCCCUGCUUACCAAGUGUCUGUGUGUCCAGGCCAUGUCAACCUACCUGCUACGUAGUCAAGCGCAGUCGGUCCAUCUCCUGUGAGCCCGUUUCCUGCCCGCCUCCAUCCUGCCGACCUCUCUCCUGCCGCCCAGGGUCUUCUGCAUCUGCCGUCUGCCAGCCAACUUGCUCGCGAACUUUCUACAUACCCAGCUCUUGCAAACAACCUUGUACUACUUCAAUCUCCUACCGCCCGAUUUGCCGCCCAAUCUGCUCUGGACCCAUCACCUAUAGGCAGCCAUAUUCGACAUCCCUCUCCUACCGCCCGGCCUGCUAUCGCCCAUAUUACUCCAUCCUGCGUCGUCCAGCCUGCGUCACUUCUAUCCCUUAUCGCCCGGUCUGCUCCCGCUUGCCUUGUGCUGACUCCAGCAAACGGGAUUGCAAAAAGUCCACUUCCAGCCAACCGGAUUGUGCUGACUCAACUCCCUGCAAGACGGAGGUCUCAGAGGCCAGUCCCUGCCAGCCCACUGAGGCCAAGCCCACCAGUCCCACCACCCACGAGGCUGCAGUCAGUCAGCCUGCUGCCACCAAGCCUACCAACUACUGA